AUGGCGACUUCUAGCUGUUGUGUGCUAUCCCCACCAGCCUGUAAUAAAUCUAUUGUAGAUAUUAAAUUUCACAUCGAUAAAAUAUUGUAUUUCCUCGAUUCCUUCGGAUGGUUAGCCGAUGUUUAUGUCUCGGACUUCUUUGUCUGCAACUACUGGAAGAAGCUGUUACCAUGUUGGCGUUCAUGUUUCUCCCAAAUGAAUGCACCUGAAAUUGCUGAAAUCUUAUCAUGUGAACCAAAAAGUAAUUCCAGACUGGUUCUACCACUAUCGAUGCUAGCUUAUCGUCAAACCAUCCAGAGUCUAUCUUUGAAGAGGACCAAGGCCAGUGAUGAAGAACUAACAAACCUGCUCUCUACUCUAGUGUCUGGAACUAGUUCACAACUGGUUACUAUGUCAUAUGUCACCUCUGACCCAAUAAAAGUAGAGAAUAUUGAGUUUAAAGGAGGUCAGUAUAUCUCUCUUGACCCACAUUAUAGGAAACAUGUCAAACCAAAAAAACAACAUGAAAUAGAUCAGAUGUCCAAAGUCAUUGGUCAGCUGUGCCAAACAAUUGGCUGUGAUAGAAUUGUGGAUAUCGGUGCUGGUCUUGGUCAUUUGUCUCGGCUCCUAAAUUUUAAGUAUGGACUGGCCGUCACAACAGUAGAGGCUUCCAGUGGUCAUGCCCCAAAAGCACAAAAGUAUGAUUUAGAUUUGAAAAACGAAAUAAAGAAAAAGAAAAAGAAGAUGGAGUCAUCACAGCUCACACAGUCUGAAAUUGUACAGUCUGCAGAAUUUUCUGACGUUCAAAAUUUCCAUCCAAGCACCAACACUCUCUCUGCAACAACAAAUACAUGCAUCGUUACUAACACUGCUUCAACUCCAACUAAGGAGAUUAUUACUACUGCAACUAAUUGUCCUGUUGAUGCUUCAUCUUUGCCUUGUCACAUUGUCUAUCAAGUUAGUAACACUAUUUCUCCAGGAGAGUUUCUUCAAGUUUUGUUGAAGGAAAAUACCAAAUCCAGUGAAGUUUCAAAUAAAUCCCAGUUACCUUCAGCAGUCACAUUUAUGGAGUGUUCUUCCAAUGAAUCUACUUUUUCAGAUGAAGGCACAAAAUUCUUCAAUUCUCAAACAGAAAGCAAUUGUUUAAUCAAGGACUCUUCUCAUGAGAUUGAACAGAAUACAGAACUCUCAACUCAGAAAUUAACAUUUUCUGAAACAAGUGACUAUAAUAAGAAUGGUUCUUCAACUGUUUUGGGUUCAAAUCUACCCCAUUCCAGUGUUAACUGUGACCAAACUUGCCAAAAAGAAAGCAUACUACACACUAGUACUGAUAAGCAACCCAACGAUACAAUGGUACUAUGUGGUUUACAUGCCUGUGGUGAUUUGACUGCUACCAUUCUUCGAAUGUUUGUCCAAAGUCCACACAUUGCUGCUAUUGCAUCUGUAGGAUGCUGCUACAUGAAACUUACUGGCAUCAGUAGGGAAAAUGAACAAUUUCCAGAAAGUAUAGGUUAUCCUAUGAGUCAAUAUUUGUUGUCCAAAGGACAUUGUCUAUCUUAUGAAGCAAGGGAAAUGGCUUGCCAUUUUGUGGAUGCAUAUAGAAAGAGACUCCUUGAUGAUUGCCCCAGUCUACAGCGACACUGGUACCGUGCUGCUUUACAAGUUGUGCUUAGAACUGUCCUUCCAGAUUUUAAACAUGGCUGUGUUAAGUUGGCCAUUAAAAAUGUAGAAAAUUUAUCUUUUGAAAUUUAUUUAGAAAAGGCUUUGAAAUAUUUGGGAUAUGAUAUAAGUGAUGUACCUUCUGACCUUAUCAAGAAAUGUAAAGACACACAGAAUUGUUGGAAAGAAGUAGUUUGUUUCUACACAACUCGCUUGAGUUUGGCCCCAGUUGUUGAGACUUUGCUAUUGUUGGACAGAGUGCUUCAUCUCAAUGAAUUAGGUUUUGGCUGUGCCUUGGUGCCUAUCUUUGAACCAAUGUUAUCACCCAGAAAUUUCUUACUUUUAGCAAUUAAGCCUUCUGCUCUAUGA